ACCGUUGAAAAGUACUAAUUUCACCGGCCGGUUCUAUGCUACGUACAUAUUUUACCAACUAAUGCAGAGAGAAAUCCACGCGUAGAGAGAGUGCCUGCAAUCAAAUGCACUGCAAUGUAAUGCAACGUAAAUUUCCUUUGCUUUUCCACAAUCCAUUUGUGUUUGCCCAUAAAUUUCAUACAACUGCAUGCAUAUGCAUUUGCGCUAUAUAUAUUAAAGAGGGUUCUCCUCUCCUCCUUGGGCAACCAAAGUUUUUCUCUCCAUAAAUUCACAAUCCUUAUUCCUUCUUACGGAGGCCAAUUAAGUUUCUUCCGGCCGAAGCUUGGUUCAACCAAACAAAUUCCCUAAAGAGUUUGCCAUCGUCUCUUUUCUCGAUAAAUUUCCAUUUGGGAGGUAUGGCUGCUGUUGUUACUGGCCCGGAUGCAAAACCAGCCGCUAGCCACUGCUGCAGGUUUGAGUUGAAGAAAUACAAGACGGCGUUCACAUGCCAGGUUUGCAGGGUCGAAAGUUACGAUGCUGAAAGAUAUCGGUGCAAUCACUGCGGCGAGGAUCGGCACAUGGGCUGCAUUCGACUUGCUGAUGAAAUCAAACUUGGCCCCGGCCCCAAGAACAUCUUCAGCACGGGCCCCGUGUUCAUGCUUUUUGAUACUCCACAGAAAGGGAGGAAUUCGAAAAAUGAGAAAUGGGCCAAGAACUGUCUGGUGUGCGGGAUGCCGAUCAGGCAUUACAGCUAUCACGCUCAGACCACGGGAAACAAGGACUUGAACAUGCACCCGCGCUGUGCUGAGCUCACCACAUUCAACACCAACAGCCGCGUGCCCCUUGAGCUUCAAACGGGGGAAAGACAUAGCUGUGUGUGGUGCGGCAAGAAACGACCUGAGGGAGCGUCCCCAGCUGGCCCGACAGAUUUCUACUGUUGGUCAUACAGGUUGACAGGGGGCAGGAACCGCAUUCAUGUGCACUGCUACACAGAAAUGGUGAUUGAGGCCUUGAAGAGCAUUGCUCAGUUGGACGACGAUGACAAUAUACAUAUCGUCUUGAAACGGAGGAGGAGUUCUGAUAGAAAUGAGUUGGAAUCAAUAUUAAGCGAAGUUCUUAAAAUUGGCCUGGACGUUGCUGGAAUAGGAUUCACGGAUAUCUUUCUAGACUUAGCUUGAUCGAGUGAUCAGUUCAAACUGAUGACAAUUGCUUCAUUUCCGUAAACUGAAUUUCUGGAAUGUAGGUGGAGACUGUUUGUGUGAGUUGUCUUGUUUUUGUAUGUACGCUUCCCACAUCAUAUAUAUGUUUUCUGUAUGUACUCACGUAUUUUCUGUUUGUCUUGUAAAUUAUCUUAUAAGGACUUUGCAUGUUAUGUUAAUUAUCGUAUUCAUCGACUGUACUGCAAUUGCAUUUGAUAUUAUUCAGCUGGG